GCCGCGAGUCCACGUCCCGCCCCCGGGCCCAGCGACCGCCCCCGCCGCCCAGCGACCGCCCCGGCCCUCGGGGGCGGGGACCACGGACCUUCCUGGUGGCGCGGAAGCCGGGCGGCUCCUCCUUCCCCCGGCCCUGGCGUGGAGCAGACGGACACAGGUUUCCACGCUGGCGCCCGGCGACCGGGUGGGGCUGCGGAGGGGCCUCAGGAAAUUCGGGGUUGCCCAGCUGGGUCCGCAACUCCCCCCAGUUCUGAGGGAGGCUUCAGGGGAUUACAGACGGUCUCAACAGGGAGGCCCAGCCAGUCCCGGGGCCCCUGAGGCCCCAUCAGGCCGCUCAGGUCCAGCGGCAUUUCCAUGGAGGACGCCGGCGAGGACCCCACCACGUUUGCUGCCCACUCUCUGCCCAGUGACCCCCGUCUCUUGGCCACUGUGACCAACGCAUACCUGGGCACACGAGUGUUUCAUGACACGCUGCACGUGAGCGGCGUGUACAAUGGGGCUGGUGGGGACACGCACCGGGCCGUGCUGCCCAGCCCCCUCAACGUCCGGCUGGAGGCCCCUGCAGGGAUAGGGGAGCGGCUGACCGAGACCUUUGCCCUAGACACCAACACAGGCUCCUUUCUUCACACUCUGGAGGGCCUCCACUUCCGGGCCUCGCAGUGCAUCUAUGCGCACCGCACACUGCCCCACGUCCUGGCUUUCCGUGUGUCCAUCGCCCGCCUGUCCCCGGGGAGCGGGCCCAUCACGCUGCUGCUGCCGUCAGCCUUCUCCCCGGAAAGCCCAGACCUGGACCUGCAUCAGGGUCCUGACUUCCAAGGAGCCCGGUACCUGUAUGGCCACACCCUCACGCCUGAGCAGCCCGGGGGGCCACAGCAGGAGGUACACAUGCUGUGGACACCAGCACCCCCAGACCUGACCCUUGGGGAAGGUGAGGAGGAUAGGACAUGGGACUUCCUGACGGUGGUGGGCGGCAGCCAGGCUGAGGCUCAAGCCUGCCUCACUGAGGCCCUGCAGCUGCAGGCCAGGGGAGCUCUGUACACGGCUCACGCACAGGCCUGGGCCCAACUCUGGGCAGAAUGUGGCUUGGACAUGGUGGGGCCCCUGCCGCUGCGCCAGGCCCUGCGUGGCUCCCUCUACUACCUGCUCAGUGCCCUACCCCAGCCCAAGGCCCCAGGAUACAUCUGCCAUGGCCUCAGUCCUGGAGGCCUCUCCAAUGGGAGCCGUGAGGAAUGCUACUGGGGCCACGUCUUCUGGGACCAGGACCUCUGGAUGUUCCCGAAUAUCCUGAUGUUCCACCCCGAAGCCGCCAGGGCCAUCCUGGAGUACCGCAUCCGCACGCUGGGCGGGGCCCUGGGGAAUGCCCAGAACCUGGGCUACCAGGGAGCCAAGUUUGCCUGGGAGAGUACAGGCUCCGGCCUGGAGGUUUGCCCUGAGGACACUUACGGAGCCCAGGAGGUCCAUGUCAACGGGGCCGUGGUGCUGGCCUUCGAGCUGUACUACCAUACCACCCAGGACCUGCAGCUCUUUCGAGAGGCUGGUGGCUGGGACGUGGUCAGGGCUGUGGCCGAGUUUUGGUGCAGUCGUGUGCAGUGGAGCCCCAGGGAGGAGAAGUACCACCUGAGGGGAGUCAUGUCUCCCGACGAGUACCAUUCAGGGGUCAACAACUCUGUGUACACCAACGUCCUGGUCCAGAACAGCUGGAGACCUGCCCCAGUGCCCCCGCUCAGCAGGCAGCAGCUGGAAGCGCAGGGGUUGCAGCCUCCCCCACCUACCUCCACCUCCAGCCUGCGCUUUGCUGCUGCCCUGGCCCAGGACCUGGGUCUGCCCGUCCCCAGCCAGUGGCUGGCAGUGGCUGACAAGAUCAAGGUACCCUUCGACGUGGAGCAGAACUUCCACCCGGAGUUCGAUGGGUAUGAGCCUGGAGAGGUGGUGAAGCAGGCAGAUGUCGUGCUCCUGGGAUACCCCGUCCCCUUCUCCCUGAGUCCUGAUGUUCGCAGGAAAAACCUGGAGAUUUACGAGGCUGUGACAUCCCCCCAGGGCCCCGCCAUGACCUGGAGCAUGUUUGCUGUGGGCUGGAUGGAGCUGAAGGACACAGCACGGGCCCGGGGCCUCCUGGACAGGAGCUUUGCCAGCAUGGCUGAACCCUUCAAGGUGUGGACGGAGAAUGCAGACGGGUCAGGUGCUGUGAACUUCCUGACAGGCAUGGGGGGCUUCCUGCAGGCGGUGCUCUUCGGGUGCACGGGGUUCAGGGUCACCCGAGCAGGUGUGACCUUUGACCCUGUGUGUCUGUCGGGGAUCUCCAGAGUGAGCGUCUCUGGCAUCUUCUACCAGGGAAACAAGCUCAACUUCUCUUUCUCCGAGGACUCCGUGACCGUGGAGGUCACGGCCCGAGCAGGGCCCUGGGCUCCCCACCUGGAGGCUGAGCUGUGGCCGUCCCAGGCCCGCCUCUCCCUGUUGCCAGGACACAAGGUCUCCUUUCCCCGCUCGGCUGGCCAGAUACAAAGGUCACCCGCGAGUCUGCCUGGGAGUUGCAGCUCCAAGUUCCCUGGGAGGACUUUUUGAAGACGUUGGGUACCUGCUCCAGAGCCGCAGGGCCCCCUCUGGGUCACCCUUGGUCCCUCCAGCCCCACUGAGUCACUCACCGUAGACCCUGCCCCUGAACAAUGAGGAACGUUGGCUUCAGAGAUGCCUCUUCCUUCCCUCUGGCCACUCCUGCACCCACUCCUCCUGGGCACCCUCCUAGCCUGCCACCCCUCACCUGCAGCCAGGCUCUCAGGGAAGGUCCAUGCUGCUUGGCCUGAGUUCAAGGCUUUCUGCCUGUGGCCUGGACCCCGUGGACCGUUGUGGGCAGGUAGCUUCCCCGCGGCAUCCCCACGCCGCCUCUGCCUGCCCCCGUGGACUGAUGCUGUCACGCACCGUCCCAUGGCACCGCCUCGAGCUCCUGAAGCCAGGGUCUGAGCCGACAUCACCUCUGGCCUCUCAUCCCCUACUCUCCUGAGACCCGUGGUCACAGCAGCCAGCUGCUCUGCUGAGAAGGCAGAGAGGCAGGUGCAGGCCUCAGCGGGGACAGCAGGGAUAAGGGCACGAAGGAAGGGGACUCGGCCCCCUUCAGAAUUCCUCUGGGCUCUCAGGUGCAGCUUUGCCAAAAAGGAACUUUUCACGCCAUGCGGCUGUGGGACUUGGUCCCAGUCCCAGGCUCCUCUUGACUCUGGGCAGCUGUAAUCAGGUGGGGCGGCCUCUGCCACAGCGUGGGGUGGGACGGCUGUCUUUCCUCAACCACGCAGCUUGUGAGGACAGGGGUGGGGGAGUGGGAAGUGGGAAGUCACCAGAGAACAGGAAAGGGAUUUGAGAGCAAGACCCCAGUGCUCUACCCAGACCAGCCAGAGGGGCUGGGGCCAGACAUGCGUGGGUUUAAGGCCCUGGCCCUGCCCAGCUUCUGUCUCGGGGCCUCAGCCCCAGUUUCCCAAGAACAAGAUGUGAUGGCAACUGCCGCUGAAACCCUGAUGAGGACCAGGCCCCCUGCUCUGCUGUCAGCCUGAGGAAUUAAACCUUUGGUGCUGGGAAGAGCAUUAUUCCUCUGA